AUGACUGAAGCCGAAGUCAAGGAAAAGAAGAACAAGCCCAAAAAGCGCUUCGUUGGCUCCAAAAGCUCGAAGCCGUCGAAGGCCGGUGUACAUCCCGUCAUUGCCAACCAAAUUCCCCAGGAAAUUAUCACCGAUCCUCUUCUCAACGCGGCCAUAAAGCAGCUUCCGUCCAAUUACUCGUUCGAGAUACACAAAACCAUCCACCAUGUACGCAAAAACAAUGCGACCAUGGUUGCUCUCCAAAUGCCGGAAGGGUUGCAGAUGUUUGCAUGCACGAUCGCUGAUAUCAUCGAACGCUUCACAGAUGCGCUCACUGUGAUCAUGGGAGAUGUUACAUAUGGCGCAUGUUGUAUCGAUGACUAUACCGCCGUCGCUCUGGGAUGCGAUAUGCUCGUCCACUAUGGUCACAGCUGUCUAGUCCCCAUGGACCAAACUACCAUAAAGACACUAUAUGUGUUCGUCGAGAUUGCCAUCGAUUCCACCCAUCUUGCGCGGUCUAUACGUCUCAACUUCCCAUCAGAUCGCCGCCGCUUUCACGAGACUUUACUCGACUCCGAAGACUCAGACAGUCGCAUACCGGCUGGUCGACAACUUGGUCAAGCACGGCACCUUCGAAUAGAGGGAUCAGAUAGCUCUUCGACCGUCCCGUCUGGUUCAUCCUCUUCGCACAAUGUAGCCUCGUCUCCAGAGCCCACUCGCCUCGCUCUUGUUUCGACCAUCCAGUUUGUCGCGGCCCUGCAGCAACUGAAGGAGGAUCUGACUUCGGAGUCUCCGGAGGACUUCUCUCAUGUGUUGCCUAAGGGCUUGAUUGAGGAUGGCACCGUUGAUAGUGAAGCCAAAGCCGGCACACAUCAAGUCAGGCCCUGGACCGGAAAGUAUGACGCUACAAUACCACGAUCGAAACCCCUGUCCCCGGGCGAGAUACUUGGUUGUACGGCCCCUAGGUUGGGAGAUUCUGACGCGCUCAUAUAUCUGGGCGACGGUCGGUUUCACUUAGAAUCUAUCAUGAUCAUGAAUCCAACAGUGCCCGCUUUUCGGUACGAUCCUUACUCCAAGAAGCUCACCCGAGAAUACUACUCGCACCAAGAGAUGAAAUCUAUCCGGGAUGACGCUGUGCAGAUCGCUAGGAAGAGCAUCGAUUCGCUGGCUCAUCAUAAGUCGUCAGCGUCAGUAUCGUCUACCUUGGAGCCAGAAGAUCCCAUGUGGGGAGUCAUCCUUGGUACUCUGGGUCGACAAGGUAGCUUCAAGCAGCUACAGGCGAUCACCGCCCAGCUCACUCAAUCCCGCACACCCAUCCCUUACAUCCCAAUCCUCCUCUCCGAACUCUCACCUGCCAAACUCGCACUCUUCAACCCACACAUUUCCACCUUCGUACAGACCUCCUGUCCUCGUCUCUCCAUCGAUUGGGGCUACGCUUUCGAACGCCCUCUACUCAGUCCCUACGAAACGGCUGUCGCGGUGGGCAAAGCCAUUGGUUGGAUGGAUUCUCAGAAUGAUGGAGAGAAUGCAGGGAAGAGCGAUGGUGUGUAUCCUAUGGAUUUCUACGCCGCUGGGACGCCAUGGGCUGUUUCGCGCACGACAGCAUCGUUCUAG